AGCCGGCGCAGCUCGACUUGAACUGCUUGAGCCGCAGCACGUGUUUUCCAGUAAACAAUGUCGCCGUGGUGAGCGCCGACUUGAGAAUUUGGCGUUUUCCGAAGCUCGACCUCCCGGCAGACUUUAACUGUAGGCUCUCUAGCCUUCGCAAUUUUUUUUUUCUUCUCCUGUGCGCGGUGCAUGCACGAGUAGGUUGCCCUAAUAGCCGGGAAGAAGCAACGUCACCCACCGCACUGCCAUGGAGACCACGCCAAAGCGCAGAUCUGCGCAGCUCAUCCUGGAAGAUGGGUCUACGUAUGCGGGUGUCGCGUUUGGAAAUCCGAGGUGCAUUUCCGGGGAAGUUGUGUUCCAGACAGGCAUGGUGGGCUACGUGGAAUCGCUGACCGAUCCCUCGUACUGCCGGCAGAUUCUUGUGUUGACUUAUCCGCUGAUUGGCAACUAUGGUGUUCCCAACACCGAGAAGGACGUGCACGGCAUUCCCAUCAACUUCGAGUCGCACAAGAUUUGGGCAGCUGGCCUGGUCGUGGGCGAGUGUGUGGACAAGUACAGCCACUGGAGUGCCCGUCAGUCCCUCUCUGACUGGCUUCACGCUGCAGCCGUGCCAGGCAUCUCGGGUAUUGAUACUAGGAAGCUGACCAAGAAGAUUCGGGAAAAGGGCAUCAUGCUUGGAAAGAUCGUAGUAGAAGGCAUGGAGCACACUCCCCUGCAGUUUGAAAACCCAAAUUUGUUGAACCUCGUCAAGGAAGUAUCUCUCAAGGCACCCAUCGUGUACAAUGAAACAGGCAAGCCAUCGAUCACUGUGGUGGACUGCGGCAUGAAGUACAACCAGCUGCGCUGUCUUAUAUCUCGGGGAGCUCGUGUCACGGUGGUGCCCUGGGACCAUCCUGUGGACCCCAAGGAUUGUGACGGUCUGUUUGUGAGCAACGGUCCGGGAGACCCGACACAGUGUGCCGCGACAGUCAAGAUGCUGCGAACGUUCCUUGAAUGCGUUGACCCCGCCAAGCUGAAGCCCGUCUUUGGCAUUUGCCUAGGACACCAGCUGAUGUGCCUCGCCAUAGGGGCCAAGACGUACAAGAUGAAGUACGGCAACCGUGGCCACAACCAGCCCUGCCUCUUUGGCGAUUCUGGUCGCUGCUGCAUAACCACGCAGAAUCAUGGCUAUGCCGUGGACGCAUCGACACUUCCCUCUGAGUGGUCGGCACUUUUCACCAAUGCCAAUGACCACACUAAUGAAGGCAUUGUCCACAGGAAACUACCGUUCUUCAGUGUGCAGUUUCAUCCGGAGCACAUGGCUGGUCCAGCUGACCUGGAGUUUCUGUUUGAUGUCUUCCUUGACUCCGUGAAGGACUCCAUUGCCAGCAAGACUCACACCCCCAUUGAGGAGCGCAUCUCAGCCAAGUUUGCAGCGCUUGCACCGCCCCCCGUCUUUGGCUCCAAGCGACCCCACAAGGUUCUCAUUCUCGGAUCAGGAGGACUGUCCAUUGGCCAGGCCGGAGAGUUUGACUACUCAGGCUCUCAGGCCAUCAAGGCAUUGAGGGAAGAAAAGAUCCAAACGAUCCUGAUCAACCCCAACAUAGCGACAGUGCAGACGUCACCGGGGCUUGCGGACAAGGUGUACUUCUUGCCCAUCACACCCUACUACGUCGGGGAGGUGAUCAAGUCCGAACGGCCUGACGGCGUUUUGCUCACGUUUGGCGGUCAGACGGCACUCAACUGUGGCGUGGAGCUACAGAAGAACGGCACACUAGACCGCUACGGGGUGGCCGUGCUGGGCACGCCCAUCGAGUCCAUCAUCAACUCUGAGGACCGCAAGCUCUUUGCCGAACUGGUCGAGGAAAUUGGCGAGCAGGUCGUGCCCAACUGUGCGGUCUACACUGUAGAGGAGGCCCUGACAGCAGCAGAGAAGUUGGGCUUUCCGAUCCUGGUGCGCGGUGCCUUCUGUCUUGGUGGCCUGGGCUCAGGCUUCGCACACAACCAGGACGAGCUGCGUGCCCUGGUGACGCAAGCACUUGUCCGCUCCAGCCAGGUCCUGUUGGACAGGAGCCUGAAGGGCUGGAAGGAAGUGGAGUAUGAGGUGGUCCGAGACGCCUACGACAACUGUAUCACGGUGUGCAACAUGGAGAACCUGGACCCACUGGGCAUUCACACAGGCGAAUCGAUUGUGGUGGCACCCAGCCAGACGCUGACCAAUGAGGAGUACAACAGGCUCCGUACCACCGCCAUCCGCGUCGUUCGACGCCUGGGCAUAGUUGGCGAGUGCAACGUCCAGUACGCCCUUAGCCCCCACUCGUUCGAGUACUACAUCGUGGAGGUGAAUGCCCGGUUGUCGCGGAGCUCGGCACUGGCAAGCAAGGCCACGGGCUACCCGCUGGCCUACAUUGCAGCCAAGCUGGCAUUGGGCAUCUCGCUGCCCUCGCUUCGCAACACGGUCACCUGCCAGACCACGGCCUGCUUCGAACCCAGCCUCGACUACUGUGUGGUCAAGAUGCCACGCUGGGACCUUGGCAAGUUCCCGCAUGUCAGCAAUAAGAUUGGCAGCUCAAUGAAAAGUGUGGGUGAAGUAAUGUCCAUAGGACGAUCUUUUGAGGAGGCCUUCCAGAAGGCAAUCCGGAUGGUGGAUGAACUCGUCUCCGGCUUGGACCCUUACCUCAAGCCUGUGAGCGACCGGGAGCUGGCGUGCCCCACGGACAAGCGCAUGUUCCACCUUGCAUCGGCCAUCAAGGCUGGCUACACGUUGAAGCAACUCAACGAACUCACUCAGAUUGACCCCUGGUUCCUCAGCAAGAUUAUCAACAUCAUUGAGUACCACACCUUCCUGGAGGGCCUUCACAGCAAGCCUGCUCUGCUCACGUACGACGUUCUCCUGCGAGCCAAGCAGCUUGGCUUCUCGGACAAGCAGAUCGGCCAGUGCGUGGGCAGCACAGAGCUUGUGGUCCGCAAGACCCGCCAGGAACUGGGUGUGGUGCCCCGGGUAAAGCAGGUGGACACAGUCGCUGCAGAGUGGCCUGCCGCCACCAACUACCUUUACCUGACGUACAACGCUGAAGGGGACGACCUGCAGUUUGAGCCACGGAGUGCGAUCAUGGUGCUGGGCUCCGGUGUCUACCGCAUUGGCAGCUCAGUCGAGUUUGACUGGUGCGCCGUCAGCUGUGUCCAGGAGCUCCGCAAGCUUGGCAAGGCAACUAUCAUGGUUAACUGCAACCCUGAAACAGUCAGCACAGACUACGACAUGUGUGAUCGCCUAUACUUCGAUGAAAUCAGCUUUGAGACCGUGAUGGACAUUUACUGCCUGGAGCAACCCGAGGGCAUUAUUCUGAACAUGGGUGGCCAGCUGCCCAACAACAUUGCCAUGGAUCUGUACAGGCAAAAGGCACGCAUCCUGGGCACGUCUCCAGAGUCGAUUGACUGUGCCGAAAACCGUUUCAAGUUCUCCCGCAUGUUGGAUUCUAUUGGCAUCUCCCAACCACAGUGGAAGGAGCUCACCAAUUUAGAGAACAUCAAGUCGUUCUGUCAGGAGGUUGGCUACCCAUGCCUGGUGCGCCCUAGCUACGUGCUGAGUGGAGCAGCCAUGAAUGUGGCCUACUCUCAUCGCGACCUCGAGGGUUAUCUCAACGAAGCCAGUGCCGUCUCCAAGGAGCACCCCGUGGUUAUCUCCAAGUUCAUCUGUGAAGCCAAGGAAAUCGACGUGGACGCUGUGGCCAAGGACGGAGUUCUGGUGGCCAUGGCGGUUUCUGAGCACGUCGAGAAUGCUGGUGUGCAUUCGGGAGACGCUACGCUGGUGACUCCGCCUCAGGAUCUGAACUCUGAGACGCUCGCCAAGAUCCGCUCCAUUUGCCAGGCCAUUGGCGAGGCACUCAUUGUCAGCGGACCGUACAACAUGCAGCUCAUUGCGAAGGACAACCAGCUGCGGGUGAUUGAGUGCAACCUGCGUGUUUCCCGCUCCUUCCCUUUCAUCUCCAAGACACUCAACUGCGACUUCGUUGCACUGGCCACCCAAGUAAUCCUUGGACUCCCUGUCGAGUUUCGAGACGUCACGUUCGGCAUUGCCCGGGUUGGGGUCAAGGUACCCCAGUUCUCGUAUUCCCGACUGGCUGGUGCUGACAUCCGUCUCGGCGUGGAGAUGGCCUCGACGGGAGAGGUGGCCUGCUUCGGCGAGAACAGAUACGAGGCUUAUCUCAAGGCCCUGCUCAGCACCGGGUUCUGCAUUCCUGAGAAGAAGAUAUUUCUCUCCAUCGGGAGUUACAAGCACAAAGCUGAGUUCCUGCCGAGCGUCCGAACAUUGGAGAAGAUGGGCUUCCAGUUGUAUGGCAGCCUUGGCACCUCGGACUUCUAUAUGGAGCACGGCAUCAAGAUUGAGCCAAUGACGUGGCCUUUCCACGACCAUGACAUUGACGAGGACACAGUGAACGGAGGGUCGGACGGCGGAAACCAGUGUGCCUCGCAGCAGGCACAGCUGAGCAUCGCGGACUUUCUGGAACAGAAGGAGUUCGAUCUGGUGGUGAACCUGCCCAUGUGCAGCAGCGGCGCCCGCCGCAUUUCCACCAUGUUCACCCAGGGCUACCGGACACGCCGCAUGGCCGUCGACUACGCCGUGCCCCUCAUCACGGAUGUCAAGUGCGCCAAGCUACUUGUGGAGGCUCUGCGGCUGAUUCGCAAAGCACCACCAGUCAAGACACACAUUGACUGCCUGACCUCGCGCAACAUUGUGCGCCUUCCGGGUCUCAUUGACGUGCACGUCCACAUGCGGGAGCCGGGUGCGACAGAGAAGGAGGACUAUGCCUCCGGCACAGCGGCUGCCCUGGCUGGUGGCUUCACAAUUGUCUGCGCCAUGCCGAACACCCGACCACCCCUCUGUGAUGCCGAUUCUCUUGCAGUCUGCCAGCAGGCGGCCAAGGCUGGUGCUCGAUGCGACUAUGCCCUCUUUGCGGGCGCCAACCAGACAAACGCCGAGAGCGUGGUGUCACUGGCACCAUCAGUUGUCGGUCUCAAGAUGUACCUCAACGACACAUAUGGACCUCUCUGCAUGGAUACAGUCUCGGACUGGCUCAAGCACUUCGAGAAGUGGCCGAGGCACAUGCCACUGUGUUGUCAUGCCGAGGGCCCCAGGACGGCAGCUGUCAUACUGUUGGCCAGCCUUCAGCAGCGGCCCGUGCACAUUUGCCAUGUUGCCAGGGAGGAAGAGGCAACUAUUAUAAAGGCGGCCAAGGCACAGGGGCACGCGGUGACCUGCGAGGUGACGCCGCACCACUUGUUCCUCACCAUUGAUGACAUCGACCGGCUUGGCCCAAACGUGGCCAAGGUCAAGCCACCGCUUAUGACAGCCAAGGACCAGAAGGCGCUCUGGGACAACAUUGACAUCAUUGACUGCAUCGCCACUGACCAUGCACCCCACACCUAUGCCGAAAAGACCCAGCCCAACGCGCCGCCUGGCUUCCCAGGGCUUGAGACAUCACUGCCGCUCAUGCUUACAGCCGUGGCAGAAGGCAAGAUAACCAUGGAGGCACUGAUCAAGAAGAUGUACAACAACCCGAGGCAGAUUUUCAACCUUCCUGCCCAGCCAGACACGUACAUAGAGGUUGACCUAGACGAGGAAUGGACGAUACCCGAAGCUCCGGCGUACAGUCGCGCUGGCUGGACGCCCUUUGCCGGCCGCAAGGUUCGCGGCCAAGUCCGUCGAGUGGUCAUCCGGGGUGAAGUGGUCUUCGUCGACGGUCAGGUCCUUGUGGACCCUGGCUUUGGGCAAGAUGUCAUUGCCACCUCGGACCUCGAGCGCAGCUCAAGCAUGACAAGUCUCACGCAUGCGUCACCUGAAAAAGGAAGCUCUAGUGUUUCGGAGACGUUUAAUGUCACAGGCCCUGCAGUAGGGAAGCCAGGCCACUGGCGGAAGAACUCCGUCAAAUCUUUAACCACAGAGAUGUACAACAAGAUGUUUCAAGAGUUGGGCCUCCCAGAUAGACUGCUGGUGCCAACCGGCAUAGGGGCAGCGGCAAGCUCGUCCGAUGAAGCAGCACCAGGAACGCGACUGGGCACGACAUCUGCGCCAGGGGGCACAGCAUCCCUUUUGUGGAGCCUUCCAGACAUUCCUAACGCACUGCAGGGAAGACACAUUCUGACCGCCGACAUGUUCUCCAAGGACCAGAUGCACUCGCUGUUCAACUUGGCGCAUGCCUUCAGCAUCUUUGUGCAAAAGGACCGUCCUCUCGACCACGUGCUUAAGGGCAAGGUGAUGGCCUCGGUUUUCUAUGAGGUGAGCACACGGACGUCGUGUAGCUUUGCCGCUGCCAUGCAACGGCUCGGAGGCUCGGUCAUCCACAUGGACCAGGCCACAUCGUCGACGCAGAAGGGCGAGACUCUUGAAGAUAGCAUCACCAUCAUGUCCAAUUACAGUGACGUGGUUGUGCUGAGGCAUCCACAGCCUGGAGCUGUUAUGCGGGCCUCGAAGCAUUGCCGCAAGCCGGUGAUCAACGCCGGUGAUGGCAUCGGCGAGCACCCAACGCAGGCUCUUCUCGACAUCUACACCAUCCGCGAGGAGAUCGGCACAGUCAACAACCUAACGGUGACACUCGUGGGUGACUUGAAGCAUGGCCGCACAGUGCAUUCCCUGGCACGGCUGCUGACUAACUACAACGUGCAGCUGCGCUAUGUGGCCCCAGCUAACCUGGGCAUGCCACAGUCAGUGCGCGACGUCGUGGCUGCACAGGGAAUCAAUCAGGAGGACAUUGAGAGCCUGGAAGCGGCGUUGCCAGAUACAGACGUGCUGUACAUGACCAGGAUUCAGAAGGAGCGUUUCAGCAGCGUGGAGGAGUACGAGAAGGCUUGUGGCCUCUUUGUGGUGACGCCUCAGCUGAUGACGAAGGCCAAGAGACGCAUGAUUGUUAUGCAUCCCCUGCCACGGGUCUUCGAAAUCAGUCCGGAAUUCGACACGGACCCUCGAGCAGCAUAUUUCCGGCAGGCUGAGGCCGGAAUGUACAUCCGCAUGGCACUCCUGGCAAUGGUGCUGGGACGAGUAUGAGAACACCUGAAUUCACGGCGUUCCGCAGCGAUCUCGACAUGUCACUGGUUUUGCUCCUUCGCUGCGACUCUUCUUUUUUCUUUGUUUAUUACAGUUUUUAUUCUACGGCUGUCUCAUUGUGAUAAUGGCUGAACAUGGUACUUUUCAUUGUGGACAAAAAAGAAAACUGUGCCUUGUGGAUGUUAGAAUCAACUUUCAGGUUAGCACAACAAACUUGUUGACCUUCUCACAAUGUGUGUGUGUGUGCGCGUGUAGCACGUUCCUGUAGUGACAAUUUUGCAAUGGCUGAAAAGGUUCCUGCAUACCUUAAUGUUUCCUUGUUUUUUUUUUUGUUUUUUUUUGUGUGUGUUUCUUUUUUUUUUAGCAACAGAAAUGUUUUUUGUGUGGAGCUGUGCGCCUGACCGUUUAUAAUCGCGUUGUCAUUGCUUGCAUCUUAACUCCUUUGUUGCAAUAUUUACUAAGCAGGUUCAGCUGGAAGACCUUUACAGUCGCCGUACAGUUGAUUCUUAAUCUGCGUUGUGACCCAAGUUGUAGCAUACUGUAUGGGUGCAGUUGUCUUGAAGGUGCCAAGAGCUUCAUUAGCUUUGCUGCUGGCAUUGCAAAGUACUGAUCUGAGACACCUGAAGCUAGCAAGGAGAUUCCCGUCCUGCUUUGCUUUGACGACUUAACAGACCAUGUCGUAUGAUUUUCGCUGUUUGCUUGUUAUCAUGCUGAAAUUAUGGACGCAUAUUUUGUGACAAUUGUUUGUUCAAAUUCUGCGCCACAUAGGGAUGUUAAGAUAGUUGCCAAUAGGAACUAUACCUAUGAAUGGAUGUUGUAUUGUGACACAAUAUUUUCAUAUUUGGUAGUAGAUGGACAUUUGUGCUACCUUGGACUUUACCUUGUUGGUGUUUCUUGUUGCCAAGAAUAUACAUACUGUUUUCUUUAUCGUAUCUUUUUUUGAUGCCAUAUUCAACAGUGUGUUAGGUUUUCAUGGCGUAUGAUGUGCCAUUUGUGUUGGCAUUUUUUGUGCAAACCACAGAAGCAUUCCUCAUGUUGAUGUUGUGGAAUAUUUUUUUCUAUAUUUACAAAUAUUCAUUGAUCUGCUAGGAGUAUUGCCCACCCCAAGUGCUGCUUGUGUUGAGUGGAAAAUUGUGCUGUUCUUGAUGAGAACCCAACAAUCAAAUGAAAUAAAGCUACUUUUGCAAAUCUU